UUUUAAUCAUAUUUGACUUGUUAAUUGUUAUUACUAACUUGCGGAUAUUGUUCGCUUAGUACUUAGGAUCUGUCAUCUUAUCCUUUUGAAUCCAGAGGAAGAAAUAGUUGGAUUCUAGAAUUGCAGAGGAACAAACAUGGAGAAAAUACAGCACAACCAGAUACAUGUAAACGGAAUCAGUAUGCACGUUGCUGAAGUAGGCCAGGGUCCGGCUAUCCUAUUUCUCCACGGCUUUCCGGAGCUCUGGUACACGUGGCGCCACCAGAUGCUCUUCCUCUCCGCGAAGGGCUACCGCGCCAUAGCUCCCGACCUUCGCGGCUAUGGAGACACAGACGCGCCGGAUUCUGCUUCCAGCUACACCUGUCUCCACAUCAUCGGCGACCUAGUCGCUCUACUCGAUUCGUUAAGUCUCGAGAAGGUCUUCCUUGUCGGUCAUGACUGGGGUGCCUAUAUUGCCUGGAAUUUCUGCUUGCUGCGUCCGGAUAGAAUCAAGGCACUAGUCAAUUUGAGCGUUGCUUUCAGUCCGAGGAACCCUACACGGAAACCUGUUGGAUCUAUGCGCUUGCUGUUUGGUGACGAUUACUAUAUCUGCAGAUUUCAGGAACCUGGAGAAGCAGAAGAAGAAUUUGAUCGUGCUGGUACUGAUAGAAUAAUUAACAAAUUCUUAACAUAUCGUAAUCCAGGUCUGCUACGAGUCCCUAAAAGUAAAGGGUUUGGGGGCUCUGCUGAUCAACCAAUAAACAAGCCUUCUUGGUUGUCUGAAGAAGAUGUGAACUAUUACGUGAGCAAGUUCCGUCAAACAGGUUUCACUGGUGGAUUAAACUACUACAGAGCUAUUGAUAUAAAUUGGGAGCUGAUGGCACCAUGGACUGGUGUGCAGAUAAAGGUUCCAGUUAAAUUUAUGGUCGGAGAUCUUGACCUGACCUAUAACACUCCUGGUGUGAAGGACUACUUACACAAUGGUGGUUUCAAAAGAGACGUUCCAUUUCUGCAGGAGGUGGUUAUAAUGGAAGGGGUGGGGCACUUCUGCAAUGAGGAAAAACCAGAAGAUAUUAAUCUGCACAUAUAUGAGUUCAUACAAAAGUUCCCCUAGCUAAAUGCCUGUGCAGAUGUACAUCUCUCUCCUUUGGCGUUUCCCAUUAUUGAAUAAGGACUACUCUUAUAUGAUCUGUGUCACAUGGAAAAUAGAUAUCACUCCCUCCGUCUCAAAUCUCAAAUUGAUAGUACUAUACUUUUUGGGUUUUGGGCAGAAAGUUUAAGAAUGUGGGAUAAGCUUACCCAACUACUGUUUAUAUAAUGUUGCCUCUUUUUAAAGUUUUA